AUAAUAAUCCGCUGCUGCUUUGCAAUUUGCAUUUGCCUUCUUCCCAAAUUAAUCCCCUGGUCUUCUCUGUUUCCCAGAGCUACUGUAGUAGUGUGUGUUCGGUUCCGUUAACUGAAUGGCAUUAAUUUCUGGUUCAGUGACCAGCUUUACAGGUUUAAAUAUUUCAAAACCGCUGUUGCCCUCUCCGAAGUUAACUGCGAAUACAUUAGUAAAUUACCCAAAAACCCAUGUUUGCUUUGAAAAGACUUCUGUAACAAGACCUCUGUAUUUUGUUCGAGGAGGUUAUGGUGCCAAAUAUGUUUUAUCAGCAGGAAGCAGAAACUACGAGCCAAGUUCACAUUAUGAUGGGAACAGACCCUUUUGGUUAGCACCCUCCCAGGAAUUUAUGAGGGCUUUAAAAUCUGUGUUUGUGUUUCUUGCUGAGCAGCCUAGCCAGCUGAAGUACAUUGAGUGGCCAGGUUUCCAGAAUACGCUGAAGACUGCUACUUUGACUCUUGUUCUUGUGGCAAUGCUUAUUGUUGUGUUAUCAUCUGUUGAUUCCGGUCUCUGGUACUUGCUUGCCUCAAUUUUAAGAAAACCUGCAUGAUUGUGUGUUGCCUCAGCAUGAUAAUCAUGACGAUUAUAUUCAGAAGGCAUGGGACACAGGUUCUAGCUUAUGCUGCUGCAUUAAAAGAAGAGAAUUCCAUAGCAGAUACGUCUUUGUUACAUAUUUGCAUCGUGAUUUCAGCAUGGCACCUUCCUGUACGAGUGUAUGCUAUUCAUUGUGUGUGAUUGUAUUAAAUUUUAACAAAUGAAUUUCACUAUGAUGAAUUGCAUUAGUAUACAUUAGGGUUAGCAUUUAGCAAUCUGUAAAUGUUCAUUUCUUUUUAUCAAGAUAGUUGAUAUUUUGUUUCUGCAACCACUUAAACACUAUGGGUCUUGAAACAUAACGAGACUGUCACUUGUUGACCGUAAUAUGGUAACAGAAGUAAAGUUUUUAUGAUAAUAGUUUUAGCAUUUUCUA